GAUGGCAGCUCCGCCGGGCGCGCAGGCAGCGCGCAGGCAGCGCGGGCGGAUGGAGUAGGGCGGGCCGGGGCGCAGCGCCGCGCUCCCACGCGUGUCACCGCUCCCACGGCGGGCGGACAGGCUGCCCCACCGCCCCAGGUUUAUGUCACCAUGCAGCACUAUGGAGUGAACGGCUACUCCCUGCACGCCAUGAACUCGCUGAGUGCCAUGUACAACCUGCACCAGCAGGCAGCUCAGCAAGCCCAGCACGCCCCCGACUACCGGCCCUCGGUGCACGCCCUCACCCUGGCAGAGAGACUGGCUGACAUCAUUUUGGAGGCACGUUAUGGAUCCCAGCACCGCAAACAAAGGCGAAGUCGCACGGCUUUCACUGCCCAGCAGCUGGAGGCACUGGAGAAGACCUUCCAGAAGACUCACUACCCAGAUGUGGUGAUGAGAGAGCGGCUGGCUAUGUGCACAAACCUACCUGAAGCCAGAGUCCAGGUCUGGUUCAAGAACCGGAGAGCCAAAUUCCGGAAGAAGCAGCGGAGCCUGCAGAAAGAGCAGCUGCAGAAGCAGAAGGACUGUGAAGGGAGCCACAGCGAGGGCAAGACGGAGCCGCCGGUGCUGGAGACCCAGGCCACCACCCCGGACACCGAGAAGGUCCAGAGCCUCCCCAGCGAGGUUGGCACAGACCUCAACCUAACCCUGUCGGAGCAGUCGGCCAGCGAGUCGGCACCAGAGGACCAGACCGACAGAGAGGAGGAGUUUAAGAGCACCUUGGAUGAGGCUAAAGUGGACAAGAGCCCUGGUGUGGACAGCAAGGCUUUGAACUGCAAGAGAGCGAGCCCAAAAGCAGAGUCCCCUAUCAGCGCGACUGUGACGCCUUCAUCCAGCAGUGGCCUGGCUCAGACUCACUCCUACUCCUCCUCUCCCCUGAGCCUCUUUCGCCUGCAGGAGCAAUUCCGCCAGCACAUGGCAGCCACCAACAACCUGGUCCAUUACUCCUCCUUUGAAAUGGGGACACCGUCUGCCAUGCCCUACUUGGGCAUGAAUGUCAACAUGGCGCCACUGAGCUCUCUGCACUGUCAGUCCUAUUACCAGUCGCUCUCCCACGCUCAGCAGGUCUGGUCCUCACCCAUCCUGCAGGCCUCCAGCUCCCUUCCAAGCCUGAACAGUAAAACGACGAGUAUUGAGAACCUAAGGCUCCGGGCAAAGCAGCACGCCGCGUCCCUCGGGCUCGACACCCUGCCCAACUGACUGCCAGAGGAGCUACCAUUGCCCACGAGAAGAUGCACCAGAGGUUGGCACUAGACAUGUCACUCCUUGAAUCCCCACGCACCCCCGUCUCUUCCUGGAGUAAGGUGCUCCCUUUCAGGGAAGACUUUGCCUUUAUUAUUAGCACCACGAUUGCAUCAGACAUUGCUACCGGCCUGGUCUUCCCUAACUAUUUAAGGAGGAAGGGGGAGAGGAUUUAUGUUCAGACAGAUGAGCUGUCCUCUGGACUGCCAUGAGUUAAGCCUGUAACGUUCAGGAGGAGCCCCCUCUCCUCAUCCCCAAGAUAAGGUGCCAGCUGUGUUAUAUUCACCUUUUUUUGUUGUUGUUGCGUUCUUUGGGGAAAGAAAGAGCCCUGCUUUGUCCUGUAUAUAGUUUAUAAUGUUGACAGCACCCAUCACCCGUGUGUUACUGUCAGUGUUACAGAACUGUGACCUCUUUUGCUUUUAUUCCCCCUUCCUUCUCAAUUUUAGUAGCUAGUAUCAAGGUUACAAUCAGCCACCCUCCCAACCUCAGCUGGUAGCUAGUUGCUCUUCUUGGGUCAGCAUCCUAAAGGUGUUUCUAAGGAAGAGAAAUGAUUGUGCACUUCACCACUCCACUUCUCCCUUCUCUGCUAAAGCUAAUUUUUUAACAGCUGGGAAACGAUCUGAAGGUGAAUUUCCUGUUUAAGCACUUCCUAUAAGGCAAGCAUUUUUCGUUUACUUUUUAAUAGCACUUGUUUAAAGAGGACAACAUAUUGGCUAAAUGCUGCUGGCUGGGAGAAAAUAAAGGCCAAAUUCACAGGAUUAUUUUUGAUCUAUAUUGUUUCCUCAUUGAUCUGCAGUGAAGUGUAACCUCUAUUUACAAAUUUCGGAGUUUUCUUUUUGGAGAGCAUUUUGGUCUAACUUUGACAGUAGAGAAUAAUAAAAACUUUGUAUGAACUCCUGGUGUGUUCAUACGCCAUGAAUUACAUGGAUCUUUGACAAAAACUUGAUUAACACAAGCUGUGUCUAGAAAAAAAUCUCUGAUCACCCAGUUCUAUCCUCAAGCCCUCAGUUCAAAACUGGUUAUCAAGUGAGAAUGUAACAAGUGAAAAAUGCCGAACUGCUGGAGGCAGAGCAGGUGUAAGCAGGGGCUUUAUAUUCUCUUUGGACCCGAGGGGGGAUAGAUGAACUUGCCAAAAAUGCAGGGUUUGCAAGUAACCAAAAUUCACCAGCUUCAAAAUUACUACAUUGAACAGUUCGGAUCUUAUUGAAAUGGCCCAUCAUUCACCCUUUGGUGAUUUUCCUUGGUUUUUUUACCUUAAAUCACCUUUUUUUUUCCCCAAACCAAAUAAAUCUUUUGGACCCACUGCUAUUGUCCUGAGCAUUAGGGAGGGAUGAUAUCUAGAUCUAAUCUCUAAUAUUGCCUAGGACCAAAAAAUCCAGACAGACUCUGGGGUCAGUGAUAGGUUUGUAUCCCAAGAGUGUCGACUGGGUCUGUCACUGCCAGACUGGGCAGAGCUGUGCUGUCCAUGCAGAUGAUUUAACCUGAAGUGUAGACCCAUAGCCUCUGGCUCCUCUUGCUCCCACCUUGCUUCAUACCGGGGCAGCAGCCAGGGGUCAAAUUACCUCUUUAAAACAUGGAGGGAAAGAAUGUUUUCAGCUACACUAAUGCCUCUUGAAAAAGCAUUUAACUCCUGCAAAUAGAGGUGUAAGAAAAGCCAAGUUUGAUGGGAAACAGUGUUUUAUCCCUCAUAAAGUUGUAGCAAGAGCAGACCUCCGGAGGGGCAGCUCAUCAGCUGCAUCAGCUUCCAAGGAAAGUGGAGCAUCUUCCUUAAAUAUUUCUGUUGUGCCAGACACUUCAGUUUGGGGCUUUUCUCUCAUGCUUCAGUUUUCCUGACUGUGUCAAAUCAGCCCCUGUGACCGGCAGAAUUCUCCACUUUGCCAAAACCAAAUGUAUUUGUAGGAAGCAGAUUUUUGGCUGCCGCUUUCAAAGGAGCCUGAAUAAAUUAAAACCACCAAAGCACAUUUGCUCUGUCCAAAAACAUCCUUUGAAAGUCCCAGCUUUCAUUUUUUGUAGCCUGUCACCCAAACCAGGGGCACCCGAACAAAGCUUUAAUUUUUCUCCUCCUUCCUGAAAAGGCUCUAUUUACCUAUAUUUUUUCUGUCCCCUGCUAACUCCUGCACCUCUGUGGAGUUGCUUUACCAGAGCAGAGCAAAUACAAAUUUAAUUUAACACCCCUUCUGAUCUUGUUCAGUGGUGCCAGUGAACAAACGGGGUAAUUGGUGCAAGACCAAAUGUGGACUUCAGCUCUCAUGAAAGUAAUAAAAGAUGUUCAUGAAAGUGCAGUUCAUGUCAGGGGGUAUUUCAGGCAGACAACAGAGUGUGGUAGUUGCUCUUGUACCACCCCAGGUAAGACAGGCAUCUCUUCUCUGCCCAUGGGGAUGGAAAGGGUGAUGUCAGCUCAGACCAGGGCAGAUACAGCCUUACCAUAGGCUCAUGAUGGAUACCACAGAAUCUGCCAUAGGAAGGUCAAAACACGUGGAUUUAUGGCCUGCUUCUCCAAGGUGAGGACAGGGAGCACAGGAGAUAAGCUUGCUUGAUCCAGCAUUAGAUUUGCCAUGAUCCCCUGGAGGGAGACAAGACCUUCCCCACUGAGCCAUGGAGGGAAACUUUCCCCUGCCACAGUGCAAAAAUUCACUUAAACAUUCACCAUCUUCACACAUCUCGACCGACCCUGGUGCCUGACCCUCUUCAUCCCCUGUGUUACUGCUGAUAUCCUCACAGAGGCUUGGAUCAGCUACUGGGAUCUUCCCUGAUGGAGCAUCUGUCACACCAUUAAAACCAUGGACAUCAGCUCAGAAAGCAAAUUGGGAGAGGAGACACCUGAAUCUCCACCAGUCCAUAGGGGUAUCUCUUCAGUGCCAUCCUCAUCUGCCUUGUGAGGUGCAGCAGCUCACUGAGGUACAGCUGGUCCUGGACCAGGGCAUGUGAAUAUUUCUCACCUGGAGAGUUUUUCUCCCAUUCUGAAUCAGGAUGAAAAUAUCUAAAAUUUAAAAAUAAACAAAAGAAAAAAAAAUUAUUGCCUCAAAUAUAUAUGAGCCCCUGAGGUAUUUUAUGCAAAAUUUGUGGUUUAUCUUCUUAUAGUCAAACUUGCAUGUCAGUGAGGGGAGUAUUCUGACAUUUAAAGCCAAAAUUAAUUUGCAAAUGGAAAAAAAGCAAGAAUUUAGGCUUCAUCUUCCAAAAGUUUAAUAAUUAUUUGUCAAAACUGACUUUGUCUUGCAUAUUGUUUUAGUGCCUCUGAGCUUUUGGGCUAUUUUGGACCAAAAAAAAAACAACAAAAAACCCUAGGGAGAAACUCCCCAUCCAAUUUAAUCCUGUGUAUGUAGUGGAAAGACUGAAGGGAGUGAUUCUUCAUCAUUCCUCUUUGAACUUUGCAAACCUGAAUGUUUUUUCAGGUGAGAAGAACUCCUGUGAAUCUCCCAGUUUGCAGUGUGAGGUCUGCUUGUUCCCUGUCCUUCCACCAGCCUCAGCUAUUUAGGAAAAUGAGGUCAGUGAUGGAGUCUCAGAAUCAAAAUGGAUUGAGGUUCCCCUCCCCUCACUGUCCAGGCAGAGGUCUGACACAUUUUAACAAACGUUGCAGUUGGAUAUAAUGCCUUCCAUCAAAGGCAUAAAAUUCUUGGAGCAUCACCAGACAGAAGAACUAUUAUAGGGAAGAAAAAGAGAUAUCUCUCUUCUCUGGAUGCUGUGCCAACCAGGUGCCAGGGCAGGGCAUCCCUGUGACAGUUUCAGCCACGGGGAGGUAAAUGUGAAAAGAGAAGCAGCAUUCUGUGUUCCGUAAUGCAGAUGAUCAAGUUGAUUUUUUAAUACAUGAAAAGAAUGCCAAACAAAUGCACAGCAUAGCAGAGAAGCUGGAAAAAUAAUAUGCCAAGUCCUUUAAAAACAGUGGAGAGACUGGAAAAAUUCUCCCUAAUUCCUAUUUGCAAACAGGUUAUGUAUCUGGAGAUUUCCUCUGCUGGUCUUUUCCCCUUCCUAUGGCUUUUCUUACUUUGCCUCUCCUUGGUGAACCAGCUACAGCUCCAAACCCUGCUUACUGAAUUUUUAAAGGUUUUAUAUACGGUCCUUGUAGGAUCAAGGCCCAGGAGAAAACCAUUUACAAUAUUCAGGGUAAGAGUUUUCAGUUAAAUUUCUUCCACUCUGCAAGAGAAGUCUGAUAGGUAUUAAUAAUAAUAAUAAUAAUAAUAAUAAAAUAAAAAAAUAAAAUAAAUUUUAAAAGGCAUUUAAACAGUGCAGGAGAAAUGCUAAAUGCUACCAUUGAGAAAAUAUCCAGUAAUGAUGCUGGGAGGCUGAAUGGAGACAUCUUUUUUCCCUUUUCUUGUCUUUUUUACUUCUUGGCUAAUAAAGGGAAAUGUCCAUGAUGGUGAACAUGGGAAUAAAGAGAGAGAGGUUUGGGUUUUUUUCUGAUAUUUCCUCCAUGAAAAAUCACCAUUUGCUGUGUAGGAAACACAAAAAAAUGCUCCCAAAUAUGAAAAUAACAAUCAGCAAGCAGAUCCCCCCCAUGUCUCAUUUCUCAUUUAGAUAUUUCACCAUGUGAAGAACUUUAACCAGCUCUAGGUGUGUGUUGUCACUGCAGCCAGCCAAAGAGAUGCUCAUCUUUGCUGAAGAGACACCAAAGUGGGUGGACAUAGAGGAGGGAACUGUAGUUAUUUCUGUCCCUGUGUGCCACGUGUGGUAAUUCCAUUGACAUGACAAUUUUGAAUUACGUCAGGUCAUUUCUGAAGAGUUCACACAUAAAGGAUUAAAUAAACCUCUGUAGAAAAGAAAUGCAAAUUCAAAUCCACCAUAUUCUAUUAGUUUAAUUACAGUAGCUAUGAGACAUAACUCAAUUAAGCUUGAAAAAAGUCAAUUACAGAACUUUCCUGCUGGUUUUUACAGGCUGUGUUGAUUUUUCUUUUCCUCCCUGCUUAUUCCUCCAUGUGCCCCUUGCUGAUUUUUUAUGAUCUGUUCUAGAGCAGCGUAAUACAUCUCCAUUUUUUUUUUUUUCAGUUGAGUGAAAAACAGCUAUUUUUCUGCAUAGAUCUGCUCUCAGCCCAAAUCCACAGUGGAAAGAUAAGAAAAGCAAAAACCCAAACAAAUUUUCAGCGGUGCAGGAACAAACAAACCAAAAAAAAAUCCCCCGCUCUGGUGCGCGGCUGCGACUUUCCCACCACGUUACAAAACAGCCCAGUAAUGAUUAACGUUCCCUGUUUUCCACAGGCUUUGCAGACACUCAGCUUGGUUCCCAGCUGCACAGAUGACAGCAUCCUCAUUGUCCCCGGCUCCCUCGGGCUGCCUGGGGAAGAGAUGCGAAAGCUGAGGUGCCUCCUCUGCCUGUGGGUGUCCCCACUAGCGAAGGCUCUCGUUGGUGCCAAUGCUGAGCACGGCCUCAGCACCUUGUGCAAAGUUCAGGGCGUGUCCCAGGUCAUGCAGUCUGUGUGAUUUGUAGAGUAAGACCCAGACACUACAAGAAGUAAGACCCUCAUCGCUGCCGUGGUGCCAGAGUGGAAUAAUUGCACCAGCUUCAGAGGAGCAAAGGACAACUUUUAACUCCCAAAUUGAGUUGUGAAGAAUAUAUGAUUUAUCAUAUACUAACAAAAACAUGCAGUUAUAUUUUUAAUAGUCUGGGUUUCAAGCUGGAAGUCCUCUGCAAAAUCUCUCUAGGACACAUAUUAAAUCCAAAGCAAGUUAAAUGGUGCACAUGGUGCCCUACGAAUGGCCAAAGCCCUUUCUAGCUGCUCUGGCAAUUGAGAGGGUCCAUCCCAUGCAGCAGAACUUCAGAUGUGUCUGUGUGAUGGAAAAUAAGUUUUUGGUUUAUUUUCUCAUGCCAGGAGGAAACCAAUUUAUUCUUUUUUCCCAGGUACUGACCCAAGGCAUACAGUUAGCUCCAAAGUGUAUCCGUGUUUGUGUGUCAAACCCAUCUUGCAAAGGAACAAAGGCUUUUAAAGAACACAAAGGAAAUCAAAGUAAUAUACUGUACAGAUCGCUGUAAAAUUGAGCUGUAGUGUAAGACCUUGUGCUUUAGAAUUCACUACUGAGAAACUCAAAUGUGUAUCAUAUUUAUUUAUUCUGGUAGGUAAAAGAAGAAGAAGAAGAAAAAAAAAGAGUUUAUAUUCAUUUCUGAAAAGCUGCAGCAUGAUGCUAUGUACCGAUUGUGCCAGUCCUGCUUUCUGUAAAAUUAUUGCCUGUUUUCAUACUCCGCUAAUAAAAAAGAAAAAAAAAAAAAUCAAGGAAAA